AUGGAUAUCAUACUUGGGAUAAGAGUAUCAGAUGCAACAAUUAUUGCCACAUCAAAAGCUGCGACUAGAGGUAUAUCCAUUUUAAAAGAUAAUGAUGAUAAAACAAGACAAUUGAAUGCUCAUAAUUUAAUUGCAUUUACUGGAGAAGCAGGUGAUACUAUUCAAUUUUCAGAAUAUGCUCAAGCAAAUAUUCAAUUAUAUUCAAUGCGUGAAGAUGAUGUUGAAAUGUCACCAAAAGCUACUGCAUCAUAUGUAAGAAAUCAAUUAGCAACAUCAAUAAGAUCACGUAAACCAUAUCAAGUCAAUUGUUUAAUAGCAGGUUAUGAUACCAAAACAGAUUUACCAUCAUUGAAUUACAUAGAUUACUUGGGAACUCAAGUAGAAUUACCAUAUGGAGCUCAUGGUUAUGCAGCAUUUUAUACAACAUCAUUAUUAGAUAAACAUUAUAGAAAAGAUAUGAAAAUAGAAGAUGGAUUAAAAUUAAUGGAUAUGUGUGUUGAAGAAUUACAAAAAAGAAUGCCAAUUGAUUUCAAAGGAGUUUAUAUAAAAGUUGUUGAUAAAGAUGGUAUAAGAAAUAUAGAUUAG